UCGAUGCCCAUGCGCUGAGGAUGCCACGGCGACGUCCGGAGAUCUCGGACUGUGAAUGGAAUUACUAUACUAAUUAGGCUGAGUGUAUUACACCCAUGGCUUUGAUUUAUUACUCACAAAAUAACUGUAUGACAUAUUUCUGAUUUUUUUUGAAGAAACGCCAAACUACAUGACAAUUUGCAAGUUAAGAUAUAAUCUUUGGAAAUUACAAGCAGGAUAAUUACAACACAACGGAGAUUAUAUAAAAACUGGAAUCCUUUCUACGCCACGUUGAAAAAAUGUAUCGUUUACUCUAUUUUCUUUUCGAAAUAAUAUGUGUGCUUCGCACUGUUCGUUGUUUUGAACAAUACCAGCAUGACAUUCCGAACGGAUUUAACAUCCCGAACCCCUGUGUACCUAAAGGGAUCUGGAAUGGAGUAGGACAUUAUGGACCAGAGGGGCAGGGGCCACAGAACCAGUUCGGCAAGGAUUUCGCGGCGGCAGGAAAGAAAUGGACGAAAGAUUUAUGCAUGAAAGACUCCGACGGAGACGGCAAGGCGAACGGGAUAGAACUUGGCGACCCCUGGUGCCGAUGGACGAAAGAGCAACCAACAUUACUUCUACCCGCCACAUUUCAUCCGGGUAUAUGCGAGCCGUGGGACGACGAGACUUGUCGUAAGCAGAAUGGCUCUGUCGUCUGCCCGGAUAAUCUCAAAUGUGAGGCUGCCUAUCAGCCAGUGGUUGGCCAGUUCUCGGUCCGUCUCAAUCUCACGAGGGUACCAAAAAAGGACUUCACAUACGCCUGCAUGGUUUUCAACGUUCCUGCAAAUGCCAACUAUCAUAUGGUGGAAGCUAAACCUAUCUUCUAUAACAGAAGAGUUCUACAUCACAUGACCCUGUAUGCUUGUGACCCUAUGGUUACUGUCCGAGUGUCAAAAAAGCCGUUUGAAUGUCCAAGAGUGACGACCGCCCCCUGUCAGCAGAUAAUUACUUCAUACAGUACACACUUUCCCAUCACGUGCCUUCAUGAUCACGUGGGUGUCUUGUUCGGGAAGGACGGCAUCAGGCAGGUAGUACUUCAGGUACUGUGGAACAAUCCGUUAGGCCUGGACUACCAGGAUAGCUCGGGAAUGGCGGUGUACCUGACCCCUAACCUGCGGCCUAACGUUGCCGGUUUCGCCACCAUAGAUUCCACAGUGUUCCAGAUCCCUCCAGGUAUUGAAUCCUAUCCGGUCAUGGGAGGAUGUCCUGGAAUGUGUACGAGCAAACGCAUUACAAAAGAGGUGUACAUCGUUAUGGGAAUCAACCAGAUGCAUAAAUUAGGAAGAAAGCAAAGAGUGGAACUAAUAAGAAACAACACUAUAAUCGACUACCUGACGAAGAGUGAUAACUUCGACCCUACCCAACCCGACAUAAUAAGACAUUUCAAUCCCAUCAAAGUACUUCCGGGAGAUUCAAUUCGCAUGAUCUGUGAAUUCAACUCGACGCAGGAGACGAAACCAGUCGAUAGGGGCUUGUCACCGGAUGACGAAAUAUGUCGUGCCCAACUCAUGUACUACCCAAAGGAGAACUGGACCAACCCAACCUGUCUUGGUUACAAGCACGUGCCUUUGUGUCUGUUCGAGACGACAGGGGCAGUUAUGGGCUGUAACUACCAAUCAUUUCUUGAUAGCAUAGAGAAUGACGCCCACUUUAACACAACCAUCGCCACGUGUGGCUCAAGUAACGAAUGCACGGCGCAAUGUCUAUUUUUAGUCAGCAAGGAGCGCCAACAUCCUUGCCUCCGUGGAGAGUUGUAUGAACUAUGGAAUUCCACGCUAAUAAGUCGACCCAAUGCACGGAUGGUCAAUUUGUAUAAGGCUCUCAAACCUUGUGAGAAAUUGUACGAACAAAACGCGCACCUGGUGCCUAGUCGAGGACCCAUAACGCCAUGAAACUGGAUUAUUUCCCUUGGUACUGUUCUGCCAUAGUUGAUGAUUUUGAAAAUGCCAAAGUAGCAUGGAAAAGUGUUUUCCGAACUUACUAUUAUUUGGUUUGGCUAUGUAAGCGAUGAAAUGGAAAUGGCUUCUUGAUUAUAAUAUUAAAAGUACUAUUGGAUA